ACAGCUUAUAAAUCAUACUAAAUUAUGUUUUUUGAAAAUGUAAAAAUGCAGAAAGUUUUCUGUGAGGGUUAGGUUUAGGGGUAGGGUUAGGUUUAGGGGAUAGAAUAUAAAGUUUGUACAGUAUAAAAACCAUUAUGUCUAUGGAAAGUCCCCAUAAAACAUGGAAACACAACAUGUGUGUGUGUGUGUGUGUGUGUGUGUGUGUGUGUGUGUGUGUGUGUGUGUGUGUGUGUGAACUGUUUGAGUGAGGCACUCUUUACAACUCCACCCCUUGGAUGAAGUGUGACUUCAACUACAGCACGCUGAAUGCUCCUUCAACUCCAAAAGACCAAGUGAGUGCGAAAGAGAGCGGUUGAGUGAGUGAGAGGCAGAGAGAUAAAGAGAGAGAGGGGGAUUAGCAAAGAGGGAGGGUGCUGUUGACUUGUCUGGUCCUAGCAGCAGUGUCACUGCUCCUUUGAGCUUUUGGCAGUAGAGGUACCUCCACUCACCCGCUCCACACACACACUCGCCAGUGACAAUCUGCGCCUGAAUCUCAACUUCAGUGGACUGCUGCAACAGGAUGAGUGCUUAUCCGCCUUUCCUCUGGUGGUUUCGGGAGCUGAUCUGAACGUUUUUCUCCUCGUCUCUCUAGAACCAAUUUUAACUUAAAAUAAAAGGGACUUUUUUUCAACAUCUGCAGCUGAGCUGUGUGGAAUAUUACAGAUUUGCUGCAGCGCUUCAAAGCUACUGGACAAAUAAGUUGAAUAUAGAGGUUUUGAAGGAUGACUGAAUGAACAGUGACAAGGGAUCAUUGAUGCUGUUGUACAAGAUUUGGAGAUACGGUGGUAUAAAAUGCAAGCUGAAAUGCAUAAUCUUCAUGGUAUCUCAAUUGGUUCUAGAAAGUAUCUAGACGCAUCUAAAGCCUAACUAUGUGUCUCUUUGCUGAUGCUUGCUUCUGAAAGAUUGCAUGCCUUGAUUUGUGGCAUAUUUGAGUACUUAAAAAUGGCAACUCUGACCAACAGCACUGUAACCAAUCUAUCCAACAAUGGGACACAAAACAGUGAACUAGAUCCAGCGUGCAGCUCAUUAUUGGUGGUUGUCAUGGUGAUCAUCAUCACGACUAUAGUCAUAGGUAACCUUCUGGUGAUCAUUGCGAUAGCCCGCACUUCCCAGCUGCAAACUACGACGAACAUCUUCAUCAUGUCGUUGGCAUGCGCUGACCUCAUUAUGGGAGUUCUGGUGGUGCCACUGGGCGCCACAAUAGUUGUAAUGGGCAACUGGAAACUGAGUAAGACUUUGUGUGAGUUAUGGACAUCAGUUGAUGUACUAUGUGUGACUGCAAGUAUAGAGACCCUUUGCGUUAUUGCAGUGGAUCGGUAUAUCGCAAUCACCCGUCCACUGCGACAUAAAGUGCUUCUGAAUAAGUGCAGGGCUCGAAUUAUUGUCUUUGUUGUGUGGGUGGUCUCUGCUCUAAUCUCCUUCGUCCCCAUUAUGGACAAGAAAUGGCAAUUAGAUGAUGAAAAAGCAAAAGAGUGCUCCAAUGACCCCAUGUGCUGUGAUUUUGUAACAAACAUGUACUACGCAAUUACAUCUUCAGUUGUUUCAUUCUACGUCCCACUACUCAUUAUGAUUUUCGUUUAUGCUCGGGUCUUUCUCAUUGCCACACGACAGGUACAGUUGAUUGACAAGAAUCGUUUGAGGUUCCAAAAUGAAUGCAUGGGCAAUCAGGUACAACCACCAAUCCAUGGCAACAACAACUUCCCUUGCAAUAACGUUGGAGGUUCAGUGUCAAGGAGGAAAAGUUCUCGCAGACGACCCUCGAGAUUAACUGUUAUCAAGGAGCACAAGGCCCUAAAGACACUGGGCAUCAUCAUGGGCAUCUUCACACUAUGUUGGUUGCCUUUCUUUGUGGCAAACAUCAUCAACGUCUUCAAUCGAGAUAUGCCACGUAAGGACAUUUUCCGAUUAUUAAACUGGUUAGGCUACAUUAAUUCUGGCCUCAACCCCAUCAUCUACUGUCGAAGCCCAGAGUUCCGUGCAGCCUUCAAGCAUCUUCUUUGCUGUCCCUGGAUUCCAUCACUAAGAAUGAACUUCCUCUACAAGGAGCUUCGGACUCGAUGUCCUUGUUUUCUGGGAUCUGCAGAGCCAGGAUUGCCUGGAUCUUUCCAGAAGCCCCUCACAUUGUCAGGGACGAUACCUGGGGAGGGAAGUGUGGGGAGCAGCCAGAGCAGCUACAGGAGCGAGGAGCUGUUGCCGGGACCCCCGCAUUCCAACGGCAGCACAAUCUUCAGCGAAUUCUCCGAGCCCGAGACUGAAUUCUGUAACCUACAGGACCAGGAUGGCUAAGAGCAUCUGGCAUGGCUGAAAGAGAGGAAUGCUGAGGAAGAAAUGGAGAAAGGACUGACUGAAGUCACAUUUGGCUGGCCUUCCCCAGCAGAGACCACAAGGCCCUACUAAAUCUACAUAAAGUCAUGAGGGGAGCCUCCUCUGAAAAUAAUCUUUCUGAAGAUGAAGAGAGACAGACAGACAGAAGAGUGUAAAGCCAUACUGACAAGUUCUGUGAGAACAGCCUGUCUAUGGAGAGAGCGACAGAACUGGUACUGCUUACAGAGAAGUGUAAUGGGUCGAUCCACUUCAAGACGGUACUGCUUACGUUCUGUUAAGGAGAGGAGUACUGGAGCGAUCCACUUUAAGCCGGUACUGCUUAAGUUCUGUUAAAGAGAGGAGCACUGGAGCAAUCCACUUCAGCCCGGUUUAGUCCAGUUUAUAUGACAAACCAUGAAUCAGUGCCAUGUUAUUAGUAAGGACUUUAACAGCUUCUUCACACACCUGGACACAAUAACUCUGAAUAGAUUUUCCAAGCUGAACUUUGUUUCUUUUUGAUUUUGUACAAUAUCUUAAAUUAUUUUCUAUUUAUUUUACUCCCCACAUUGUAGCUGUGAAUGUGUAAGAUGCUUACCACAUUAAUAUAUAUAUAUAUAUAUAUUAGGGCUGUCAAUCAAUUAAAAUUUUUAAUCGAAUUAAUUACAUGGUGUCCCGAUUAAUUAAUCGCGAUUAAUCGCAUAUACAAAUAUUUGCUGAGAAAGCCCAUCAUAUAGGCCUAACAAUAAUUCUAUAUAAAAUGAUUAUACAUAUUUAUAUUAAUAUAUAAUUAAACAUAGUUAUCUUUAAAUAUUACAAAAUUAUAUAUAUAUAUAUAUAUAUAAAAAAUAUUCAGAUAAUUAAAAUGCAUUACAUUCUCGUGGCAGAAGAGUUAAUCAUUGAUAAGACAAUACAAAAAGUGGCUUUAGAAUACAAUGUAUUGUUUACUACCAUAUUAUUUAUCAUAAGUUAAUCAUUGGCACACAGUUCACAGCAAUCCAUUUCACAAGUGAAUUUGUUAAUCAGUUGGAGAUUUAUUAUGAGGGCUUGUUUAAGAGCCCGUCUAUUUACACCUGCGUCAGACAUGCUUGUGUAGUGUCUCGGGUGCAUUGCAUCAUAAACAUAAAAUGUUUAGUUCACUGUUUCAUGGUAAAUAUAGUUUAAUACUCAAUCUUUAAACAAAUCUUUAGAUCCCUUAGUUCGCAUUUGUGCUCCUUCAAGUGUUUUUUGUACAAUUAAUUGCACUGAAUUAACGCGUUAAAUCGACAGCCCUAAUAUGUAUAAAUAUAUAUACAGUAUGUGUUGUAAAGGUAAAAGUUCGCCCCAAAAUUAAAAUGGUCAUAAUUUACUCACCCUCAUGUCAUUACAAACCUGUAUGACUUUCUUAAGCAGAACACAAAAGGAAAAAAAUUAAAGAAUACUCUGGUCCAUCUUUUCAUAACAGUAGAAGUGGAUAAUGCCUCACUUUAAAGGUUAAAAAAAGCAUUGUUGGGCCAAAAGUUGGGCAGAAUACUAAAUACACUCUCAUAAAUGUAACAUUCAGACUACUUUUAGAAUCCUUCUAGAAAACAUAUCUAUACAGGGAAGGCACAAGGGGAACAAUUAUGUGUAAAAUGUCUAUAUUAUUUAAUCUGUACCAUUAUACCCCUACUUUUACAGACUGAUCUCACGGUAAAAUGGAAAACAGUUGGUUGAAAUUCCUUAGCUAAAAUAAGUCUGUCCUUACUUAAAAUUCAAACACUGCCCGCAGUGGCCAAAGCGGUAAGUGUUGUUGGGUGUAGCGGCACAUGUGCGCUCCAUUUUCCGGGUGUAAUGUCCACAGAGGGGCGCCAAAAGUGAGUUGUGAAGUGAGUUGUUUUCAGCUGUGCAUGCCUACAAUGAAGAGGAAAGCAUAUUUUAUAAACUGAAACCCCAAAUAUAAACCUAACCAUCAGUGGAGUAAAAAUGUUAUGUUAAAGGGGAAAAUGCAACCUCCAAAUUGUGCUUGUUAUUGAUUAUGCGAAUGCGAUUACAUCCAGGUUUCAAUGCUGGAUUCAAAUCCGGGUCUCCCACACUGCUGACACAACAUGCUUCCGGUCACUCCAUAAGGGAAGAUAAGCAUGCUGGAGCCGAUGCAAAAAUGUAUAAUAGAAGAUGCCGUUUGUCGGUGAGUCGGCAUUAUGUGGCCAAUCCUAGGAUACUGAAUCUCUUAGAAACAACAUGCUGACUUCCCGUGUGAUUAUGUUGAUGUUUAACAUCCAAGUGAAUCUUGAUAGCUAGUUGGCUGAAAAUUUUAUUAACACAUGUGCCUUGUUUUUUUAGUCAUGAUGGAAGUAUUCUAAAAGUGUUUUAGAACAAAAUUGUUUAACGUAACUGAAAUCUGAAUAGGGGUGCUUGAAAACAUCACUAGGGCUAAAUUCAGUUAAUUAAUUUUUGUGUUCUGAACAUGUAACGGGGUAACUAGUAUUCUGUUACAGUCCAACCCUGGACAUAAGAUUAAGAGAGGUGAGCAACAACCAGAAAUGUACUGUGUGUGUUUUGUUUUUCUUAAGUGAGAAUCUUGACAUCAAUCACACAUUCAUAAGCGCUAUAAGAGGAGCUUGUUUACAGUGGCCUGCACCGUUUUUAACGCUAUGCUACUUUUCACAAAAUAUUAUACCAAAAAUUAUCGUAUGCCUUAUGUAUUGUAAUAUGAUGCAGAAAUAGCAUGGAUGUGUUUUAUGAUGCAUUUGGGUCCUUUUUAUACGAUUUAAAGUGAGGCUUUCUCCACCGCCAGUGUAUUGAAAAUAUGGAUUGGGAUAUUCAUUAAAACCUCUUUUGUGUUUUACAUAAGACAAAAAGUCAUACAGGUUUGAAACGACAUGAGGGGGAGUAAAUUAUAACAGAAAUGUUAUUUAUUGGUGAACUAUUGCAAUUGUAUACUUGUUGUCCACUGAUUAAUCCCAGUCCAGCCACCUCAGUAUAAGCUAAAGCACUUCCCAGUCUAAAACCCAAUCUACACAGCAACUGUCAGAGCUGUGGUGCAGAAUGUGGCGCACAAGGACAUGGGUUCAAAUCCGGCCUGGGUCAUGUCCCAAUCCCCCCCACCCAC